GCUCACUCGCUCAACUCUCGGCGGYGCCGCGGCCCCUCGCUCCGGGCCCGUCCUCGAGGCGCGCGGGGCGCGGGCGCCGGGGCCUGAGGCGGCGGGCGACGCCCGGGGGCCGAGCGGCCCGCGCCAUGGUGUGAGCGCCGUCGCCGCGCACGCUCCGCCCGCCCUCCGCGCGGCCCGGCGGCCGAGAGCCGCGAGCGGCCGAGAGCGCGGCCGUCCCGCCGCCGCCGCCGCCGCCCCCGGCCCCGCGAGGAGAGUCCCGGCGGCCCGGCUGCGCGCGAGCAGCGCCGUCGGCGGCCUGGCCCGCGGCCGACUCCGCAGGGCCCCAGCGAGAUCGAGCGUUAGCCUGCGUUUUGGGGGUAGCCAGCAGGAAAAAUGGCGAACGACUCCCCUGCAAAAAGUCUGGUGGACAUCGACCUCUCCUCCCUGCGGGACCCUGCUGGGAUUUUUGAGCUGGUGGAAGUGGUUGGAAAUGGCACCUAUGGACAAGUCUAUAAGGGUCGACAUGUUAAAACGGGUCAGCUGGCAGCCAUCAAAGUUAUGGAUGUCACAGAGGAUGAAGAAGAAGAAAUCAAACUGGAGAUAAACAUGCUGAAGAAAUAUUCUCAUCAUAGAAAUAUUGCAACAUAUUAUGGUGCUUUCAUUAAAAAGAGCCCCCCAGGACACGAUGACCAACUCUGGCUUGUUAUGGAGUUCUGUGGGGCUGGGUCCAUCACAGACCUUGUGAAGAACACCAAAGGAAACACACUCAAAGAAGACUGGAUUGCUUACAUCUCCAGAGAGAUCCUGAGGGGACUGGCACAUCUUCACAUUCACCAUGUGAUUCACCGGGAUAUCAAGGGCCAGAAUGUGUUGCUUACGGAGAAUGCAGAGGUGAAACUUGUUGAUUUUGGGGUGAGUGCUCAGCUGGACAGGACAGUUGGAAGGAGGAAUACAUUCAUAGGCACCCCCUACUGGAUGGCUCCUGAAGUUAUCGCCUGUGAUGAGAACCCAGACGCCACCUACGACUACAGAAGUGAUCUUUGGUCUUGUGGCAUUACAGCCAUUGAGAUGGCAGAAGGUGCUCCCCCUCUCUGUGACAUGCAUCCAAUGAGAGCACUGUUUCUCAUUCCCAGAAACCCUCCUCCCCGGCUGAAGUCAAAAAAAUGGUCAAAGAAAUUUUUUAGUUUUAUAGAAGGAUGUCUAGUGAAGAAUUACAUGCAGCGGCCCUCCACAGAGCAGCUUUUGAAACAUCCUUUUAUAAGGGAUCAACCAAAUGAAAGGCAAGUUAGAAUCCAACUUAAGGAUCAUAUAGACAGAACCAGAAAGAAGAGAGGAGAAAAAGAUGAAACUGAAUACGAGUACAGCGGGAGUGAGGAAGAAGAGGAGGAAGUGCCUGAACAGGAAGGAGAGCCAAGUUCCAUUGUCAACGUGCCUGGUGAGUCUACUCUCCGUCGGGAUUUCCUGAGACUGCAACAGGAGAACAAGGAACGCUCUGAGGCUCUCCGGAGACAGCAACUAUUGCAGGAGCAACAGCUCCGGGAGCAGGAAGAGUAUAAAAGGCAGCUGCUGGCAGAGAGACAGAAACGAAUCGAGCAGCAGAAAGAACAGAGGCGGAGGCUAGAAGAGCAACAAAGGAGAGAGCGAGAAGCUAGAAGGCAGCAAGAACGUGAGCAGCGAAGGAGAGAACAAGAAGAAAAGAGGCGUCUAGAGGAACUGGAGAGAAGGCGUAAAGAGGAGGAGGAGAGGAGACGUGCGGAAGAAGAGAAGAGGAGAGCGGAAAGAGAACAGGAGUAUAUCAGGCGACAGCUAGAAGAGGAGCAGCGGCACUUGGAAAUCCUUCAGCAGCAGCUGCUCCAGGAGCAGGCCAUGUUACUGCAUGACCACAGGAGGCCGCAUCCGCAGCUCCCGCAGCUCCCGCAGCAGCAGCCGCUGGCACAACAGGAAAGGAGCAAACCCAGCUACCACACCCCAGAGCCCAAGUCCCACUAUGAGCCUGCUGAMAGAACUCGUGAGGUGGAAGAUAGAUUUAGGAAAACUAACCACAGCUCCCCUGAGGCCCAGUCUAAGCAGACAGGCAGAGUAUUGGAGCCACCAGUGCCUUCUCGAUCAGAGUCUUUUUCCAAUGGCAACUCCGAGUCUGUGCAUCCUGCCCUGCAGAGACCAGCGGAGCCACAGGUUCCUGUGAGAACAACAUCUCGCUCCCCUGUACUGUCCCGUCGGGAUUCCCCACUGCAGGGCAGUGGACAGCAAAAUAGCCAAGCAGGGCAGAGAAACUCCACCAGCAGUAUUGAGCCCAGGCUCCUGUGGGAGAGAGUGGAGAAGCUGGUGCCCAGGCCAGGCAGUGGCAGCUCCUCAGGGUCCAGCAAUUCAGGAUCCCAGCCCGGGUCCCACCCUGGGUCUCAGAGCGGCUCUGGGGAACGCUUCAGAGUGAGAUCAUCAUCCAAGUCUGAAGGCUCUCCAUCUCAGCGCCUUGAAAAUGCCGCAAAAAAACCUGAAGAUAAAAAGGAAGUGUUUAGACCUGUCAAGCCUGCUGAUUUGACUGCAUUGGCCAAAGAGCUUCGAGCAGUGGAAGAUGUGCGGCCACCUCACAAGGUGACGGACUACUCUUCCUCCAGUGAGGAGUCAGGGACCACCGAUGAGGAGGAUGACGACGUGGAACAGGAGGGGGCUGACGAGUCCACCUCAGGACCAGAGGACACCAGAGCAGCGUCAUCUCUGAAUUUGAGCAAUGGUGAAACAGAAUCUGUGAAAACCAUGAUUGUCCAUGAUGAUGUAGAAAGUGAACCAGCCAUGACCCCAUCCAAGGAGGGCACGUUGAUUGUCCGCCAGAGUACAGUUGACCAAAAGCGUGCCAGCCAUCAUGAGAGCAAUGGCUUUGCCGGUCGCAUUCACCUCUUGCCAGAUCUCUUACAGCAAAGCCAUUCCUCCUCCACUUCCUCCACCUCCUCCUCCCCAUCCUCCAGCCAGCCGACACCCACCAUGUCCCCACAGACACCCCAGGACAAGCUCACUGCUAAUGAGACACAGUCCGCUAGUAGCACACUCCAGAAACACAAAUCUUCCUCCUCCUUUACACCUUUUAUAGACCCCAGAUUACUACAGAUUUCUCCAUCUAGUGGGACAACAGUGACUUCUGUGGUGGGAUUUUCCUGUGAUGGAAUGAGACCGGAAGCCAUAAGGCAAGAUCCUACACGGAAGGGCUCAGUGGUCAAUGUUAACCCCACCAAUACUAGGCCACAGAGUGACACCCCUGAGAUUCGCAAAUACAAGAAGAGGUUUAACUCAGAGAUUCUAUGUGCCGCCUUAUGGGGAGUGAAUUUGCUUGUGGGCACAGAGAGUGGCCUGAUGCUGCUGGACAGAAGUGGCCAAGGGAAGGUAUAUCCUCUGAUCAAUCGAAGACGGUUUCAGCAAAUGGAUGUACUCGAGGGCUUAAAUGUCUUGGUGACAAUUUCUGGCAAAAAGGAUAAAUUACGUGUCUACUAUUUGUCCUGGUUAAGAAAUAAAAUACUUCACAAUGAUCCCGAAGUUGAAAAGAAGCAAGGGUGGACAACCGUAGGUGAUUUGGAAGGAUGUGUACAUUAUAAAGUUGUAAAAUAUGAAAGGAUCAAAUUUCUUGUAAUAGCUUUGAAGAGUUCUGUGGAAGUCUAUGCGUGGGCCCCUAAGCCAUAUCACAAAUUCAUGGCCUUUAAGUCAUUUGGAGAAUUGGUACAUAAGCCAUUACUAGUGGAUCUCACUGUUGAGGAAGGCCAGAGGUUGAAAGUGAUCUAUGGAUCCAGUGCUGGAUUCCAUGCUGUUGAUGUGGAUUCAGGAUCAGUCUAUGACAUUUAUCUACCAACACAUAUCCAGUGUAGCAUCAAACCCCAUGCAAUUAUUAUCCUCCCUAACACGGAUGGGAUGGAGCUUCUGGUGUGCUAUGAAGAUGAGGGGGUUUAUGUGAACACAUAUGGAAGGAUCACCAAGGAUGUGGUUCUGCAGUGGGGAGAGAUGCCAACAUCUGUAGCAUAUAUUCGGUCCAAUCAGACAAUGGGCUGGGGCGAGAAGGCCAUAGAGAUCCGAUCUGUGGAAACUGGUCACUUGGAUGGUGUGUUUAUGCACAAAAGGGCUCAGAGACUAAAAUUCUUAUGUGAACGCAAUGACAAGGUGUUCUUUGCCUCUGUUCGGUCUGGUGGCAGCAGUCAGGUUUAUUUCAUGACAUUAGGCAGGACUUCUCUUCUGAGCUGGUAGAAGCAGUGUGAUCUGGGGAUUGCUGAUCUCUAAAGUCUUCAGGAUCCUGAGAACUUGGAAUUCCUUGCAACUGGAGCUUGGAGCUGCACCGGUGUAGCCAGGACAGUUGUGUGUGCAGGCCUCACGUGUUGGUCCUCUCUCCCUUCCUUCCUACUCCUCUCUUUGACAGUUUAUUCCUGUUUUCUUCUUUUCCCCUCUUAAAAAUAAAUCAAGGCUGCAUUGCAGCUGGUGCUGUUCAGAUUCUACCAUCGGUGCUAGAAGUGUUUGGGGUUGAGCAUCAGACUGGAAAGAACCCCUUUCCUACAGCUCCAGAAUUCCUUGUCUCUGAAUAACUCUGUCCUAUGGGUGUCUGAAGGUGGCGACAAUGAACACGCCAUCAGUUUUGUUGGCAAUGGGCACAAGGAGGUGAAAAGUGGUGGUGUAAGGAGCAGUUUGCUGAAGCAGAGAGCAGAUUUAAUAUAGUAACAUUAACAAUGUAUUUAAUGACAUUUCUUUUUUGUAAUGUGACAAUAUGUGGACAAAGAAGAAGGUGCAGGUCUAAAGUUAAUAUUUAUAAAAUGUGAAAGACACAGUUACUAGGAUAACUUUUUUUGUGGGUGGGGUUUGGGGUGGGGUGGGUUAAGGGGUCCCAUUUUGUUUCUUUGAAUUUUGGGGGGGAAGGGUGUCCUGGCCAAGAAUUCAGUCGUUUUUCUGUGUACCAAGUUUUGCCUAAAUCGUGUGCAAAUGGUUCUAAAAAAAAGAAAAAAGAAAAAGAGAACGUGUGCAUUUUGUAUUAACGGCCAGAACUUUGUUGUGUGACAGUAUUAGCACUGCCUCAGUUAAAGGUUUAAUUUUUGUUUAAACCUAGAAGUGCAACAACAGUUUUACCAGUCUGCACUUGCAGAAGAAAAAAAAAAAAAUUCAACCUACAUGUUUAUUUUUUUGCCUACCUCAUUGUUUUUAAUGCAUUGAGAGGUGAUUUAGUUUGUUUUUGGAGGAAAACAUUAAUGUUUAAUUUAAUCUUAAUACCAAAACUAUCAGAUUGAGGUUUGUUAUUUUUGUCAGAAAUCUAAGCAGAUGCAAGAAAAACUGUCCAUGAUGGUGUGGGAAAUAAUCCUGUGGCUGAUGCAGUUUGCUUUCUAAGCUUAGAAAGCAGAAUGCUUUAUUUUCAUGAGAUUCCCCAUUAGUGGUUGAAGGGCAGCUGUUGCCUACAACACAUGAGAUCUCUUUGUUUUCCAUUGGGGGUCUGGUAGCAGACAGGUGAUCAUGUUAGAGUAGUCACACAAACUGUUUAGCGUUUCAGGAACCGUUUCUUGGGGGUGAGGAUAUGUCCCUUUUCUAAAAAUGCGAUGCACUAAAACUAUUUUAAGAAUGUAGUUAAUUCUACUUAUUCAUAAAGAUGGCAUCUUCCUGUGUUUUAGGUGUAAUUUGGAAGCCCUGGCUCUUGUCUUCUCACUUGCUCUCUUGUUCUCUGUUUUUUAAACUAAUUUUACUUUAUGAAUAUGUUCGUGACAUUUGUAAUAAAUGUCUUGAGUAAUGAUUUGUUUCAUGGCUUCCUGGUCAUCUCUCCAUUCCUCUAAGGAUGCUCGUGUCUUGGUAUAGGAACAGUGCUCAGAGCCAUGGCUCUGCUGUCUUGCUUCCUCUGGUGUUCAAGUGGGAAUAUUGCAUGAUAGCUGCUCUGUUCUUCAUUACUCAGACAGAAGCAUGAUGUUUGUAGGCUUGAUCUUCCUUUCUGGUUUUCUUUUAUAACAUGAAAAUGGGGACUGUUUUCUCUUUCCUCCAAAAUGUAACAGUUGCCUGCACCUAUUUGCCAAGCCUCUGCCCAGCUUCCGUCCCGUUUGACACUUAUUCUAACAGCUCUCAUUCUCGUCCUCCUGGUCAGUAUUUUUCCCAAAGGCUCUUCUUUAAACCACAAAAAUCUGGUUAAAAAGAAAGAAAAUACAUCUGCUCCCAAACACAGAAGAAGUACCCAGAUGUACAUACCCAUAAAGACUAGAUAAGUUGAGAAAGCCUUACUUUCUUAGAAGGACGAGGAGAUGGAAAUGGUUUUUUCCAUGAUGUGACUUGUAGUGCURAUGGCCAAAGCAGGAAGAACUGGUCCUUUUCUGUUGGUUAAUCUAGUUAACCCAGAGAAGGGUGAAGAAUUAAUCCCACCAGUGAAAGGAACUUGAAGUAGGCCAGAUUCUGUCACCAAAGGACUUCAGUCAGAAUCAGAUUCCUGAUUUGAUCUUCUCUCUACAUUUAGGCUUUUCAUUAGAUGGAAGAUGCCAAGGUAAACACUCCUAUCCAGAGGAGAAGGAAUGGUUUAGUUGAUUACAGCCCCUUCCUUGGCCUUUAGAGAGCUGUGAAAGAUGGGCAGAUAUCUAAGUGGUAUUU